AUGGAUUUCAUCGACGACGAAGCCGAGGCCAGCUCCACCGAGGAGGUGCUGGUACCAAGCUCCCAGACCGAUGAUCAUCCUCGACCGCGAAAACGAGCUCGCCUCAAGGGCCGAGGUCGUGAUGCCUCAGUUGAUGAAGAGUAUGAUCUUCCAUCCAGUGAACCAGCCGACGCAGCAGGUGACGACGAAGAUGAUCAGCUAAAUCACAAGUCCAAAUACGAAGCCCGUAUCCACGUACCUCUGUGUGACGAUCGUCAAACUGAUACCUUUGUAACUCAAUUAACUCAGCAGUGGUCCAGUCCUUCCAGGAUCAGAGGCCCGAGAUGGAUGAAGCCUCGUCAAGAUUUUGAUGCUACCCCUUCCAGGCAGCAGACAGAUCCUCAGUCCAGAACCUCAGAGCCACAUGCCCAAACGUCCUUCCAAGCCGAUGAAUUCGAGGAUGAUGACGAUGACGUCGCUUUGCUAGAAGCUCUGGAAGCUGCUGUCAAUGCUCCAGCCGGCGGUUCACGGGCUGAAGAUACAAGGCAGAGUUUCGAGUCCAAUCGGAUACCUCCUCCACGUUCUUCGCUACAAAGAACGCCGUCAUUCCGCCAGACCACUUUGCAUGGACUUCAUACCACACCACAGGAGCCUCCGAGGACACAGACCCAAGGCCGAGCCCACAAUUGGCCACUGGCAAACAGAAAUGAACCUCCGACCCAUCACAGAAUCAAUCGAGACGCCAUGGGCACCUGGGUCUAUCCCAUCAAUCUGGGUAGGAUCAGAGACUACCAAUACACCAUUGUCCACAAGGGCCUGUUCCACAACCUCCUUGUUGCCCUCCCUACUGGCCUAGGAAAGACAUUUAUUGCUGCCACCGUCAUGCUGAAUUGGUUCAGAUGGACUGAGAAUGCGCAGAUUAUCUUUGUGGCUCCUACAAAACCGCUUGUGUCCCAACAAGUCGACGCAUGUUUCCAUAUCGCCGGGAUCCCACGGUCGCAGACCACCAUGCUCACAGGAGAGGUUCCACCGGCCAUCCGGGCCGAGGAAUGGCAAAACAAACGAGUCUUUUUCAUGACACCCCAGACUCUGAUCAACGACCUCAGAAAUGGCAUGUGUGAUCCCAAAAAGAUUGUCCUCGUCGUGGUUGAUGAAGCACAUAAAGCCACAGGAAACUACGCCUAUGUCGAAGUGGUCAGGUUUCUAAGGCGGUUCAACUCAAGUUUCCGCGUCCUCGCGUUGACCGCAACGCCAGGAGCGUCUGUGGAGGCUGUCCAGGCGGUAAUUGACGGUCUUGGGAUCGCUAGAGUCGAGAUCAGGACGGAGGACUCUCUCGACAUCCGUGAGUUUGUCCACAGUCGAGAGACCGAGACGGAAAUAUUUGACAAUUCCGACGAAAUGACAAUGUCACUGAAACUGUUUUCGGCCGCGGUCCAGCCCUUGAUGAAUAAACUCAACUCCCAAAACGCAUACUGGGGGAAAGAUCCAGAGCGGAUCACCCUGUAUGGUCUGAAGAUGGCCAUGGACCAGUGGAGAGUGUCGGAAGCGGGCAGACGGGCGCCUGCCGGCGUCAAGGGAAUGGUGCAAGGGAUCUUUGCCGUGCUGAUGAGUAUGGCGCACAAUCUCGAGCUCCUCAAAUAUCAUGGCAUUGGUCCCUUCUAUCACAAAAUGAAAGUGUUCGCGGAUGAGGCUUCCGGUGGGGGGAAAUACGCCAAACAGGUGGCCAAGGACGAGAACUUUCUGAAACUGAUGAACCGACUCAGGGGCUGGAUCAACAAUCCCGAGUUUGUGGGACAUCCCAAACUGUCGUAUCUGAAGACGGUGGUUUUGAACCAUUUCAUGGAUGCCGGAGAAGGACAGGGCAGCGCCACCCAACCGUCGAGCACCCGAAUCAUGGUUUUCGCGCAUUAUCGGGACAGUGCCGAGGAGAUUGUGAGAGUACUCAACAGACAUGGUCCUAUAGUCAGAGCACACGUCUUUGUCGGGCAAUCUGGCACAAAGGGAUCCGAGGGGAUGGGCCAAAAGACCCAGCUGGACAUCAUCCAAAAGUUCAAGGCUGGAACGUACAAUACGAUUGUGGCCACGUCAAUUGGCGAAGAAGGCCUUGAUAUUGGCGAGGUAGACUUGAUCAUCUGUUACGACAGCUCCAAGUCUCCUAUUCGCAUGCUACAACGCAUGGGCCGCACAGGCCGGAAGAGAGCGGGCCGAAUCGUGUUGCUACUGAUGCGUGGUAAGGAGGAACAGGAUUACCGCCAAGCAAAAGACAACUAUCAGACGAUGCAGGACAAGAUCGCAAAGGGGAAAGACUUCCAGUUUCACGAAGACGAGUCGCCCAGGAUCGUGCCCAAAGACAUCAGUCCCGUGGUUGACAAACGCGCAGUCGAGAUUCCGAUCGAGAACACGCAGAACACGCCAUUGGUGCCUAAUCGACGCAAGGCCAGGAACCUCAAGAAGCCGGCUAAGAAAUUCAACAUGCCCGACGGAGUCCAAACCGGCUUCACAUUCCUCGGGAAGGGGAAAAAGACCCAAGAAAAGGUCAAGAAAGCAAGCCCAGGGAGAAAGAUUGACAGAGAAGUUGCCGUGCUGCCGCCUCUGCACGAAGUUGUGCUGACGGCAGAGGAAGAAGAGCAGCUGGACCUACGAUAUGUGCGACUGGCCGGGCUACAAGACGAGUUCAUCCAGCACAUCAGACUUGGUGCGUUUCCGGAGCAACAACAAAGCCUGGGAAAGACAAACGCAAUCAAGCAUUCUAGAGCCACCACAUUACUUGUGAAGGCUUUCCAGGCUAUGCGGGAACCGGGCAAGGACUGGGAGCGUCCUUGGGACUACGGUGAUGUCGAGCAAUGGGAUAGAGGAGACCAGUCAAGUCCGAACGUGGAUCGUGCCAAACACGUCUCCGAACACAGUAUGAAAAGAUCGCGUGGCUUGAUGAAACCUCGGAGGUCUGAACAGAGGUCCCGCGUCUUGGGAAAUUCAAGAGAGAAGACACAAGCGCGGACUCGCCUUCAUUCGGCUGGCAAGACAUCACGUCCACUACCAACCAUACACUCAUCCAGUCCUACAAGGUCAACCUUGAGCAGUAGUCGAUACGGUGACAACGACAGCUUUAUCGACGAUGACGAUGACAGCAACGACAAGAGGGCCAAUCACGCCGCAUCGUCAAGCGAAGAUGAACCGUCGCCCUCCCUGCCUGAUCUGUCCCCUAUGCCGGAGAAGCGAGUCUUCCUGUCCCAGCAAAGCAGUAACUAUGACCAAGACUUCCCGGAUCUUGAAGCCAUUCUCGGCGACACGACCAAGUCGUUCAAGACGGCAGCCCCGGAAAUCCGCCUUUCUACCGCGCUGAGAGGUAAUCGGGCACGACGAGUCUUGGACAGCGAUGACGACGAUUGA